AUGGCGGCCGCCGUAGUUCGGGGUCUCGGCUCAACUUUGGCCAAAAACCUCCGUGAAGUCCGAAUCCACUUCUGCCAAACCUCCGCUGCAAGCAAGGGGGCCAGAGACUUUGUGGAGCAGCACUACGUGGAUCUGAAGCGAGCCAACGCAGAUUUCCCCAUCAUGGUCCGAGAAUGUUCUGGUGUGGAGGCCCGACUUUGGGCUCGUUCUGAUUUUGGGAAGGAACGCAGCAUCUCCCUGGACAACAUGUCUGCAGAUCAGGUGGCCCAAAGUCUACAAAACCUGGUUCAGUCCAAACCGUGA